AUGGAGAAGGAGCCACAAGCCUUCCCUAUAAAGGCGAUGCCACUUCGCCACAUACCACCUCAAAGACCUCUUGACGAACAAGAGAUGUCAAGCCCUCAAGCACCACCACCUUCAUGGGAUACCGACCUGGAGACGUCUAGCCAAGCCGCAUCACAAGAAGAACACCUUCUAGCCACACCAGAAGAGGAGAUUAACCCUGAGCUGAUCGAGUUCGUGAAGAGAGAUCAAUUCCAUGAUCUGUUUUCAGAGUAUGCGCUGGAGCACAUAGAUCACUUUGACAAUCUUUGUGAUUCCUAUGGAGUUUUUGACUUUGAGAAGAAGAUGAUGCUAUUCAGCACAUCACUAGCUGGACCAGCACUAGAUUGGGCGCAGCAUGAGCCACUCUCUACAAUCGAGUCAUGGAUCGAUUUUAGAGAAGCUUUCUUGAAGAGAUUUGCAAGGACCACCUUUCAAAUCCAAGUACCACCACUACUCUCAUCAGCUGGAGAGAGAGCGUGA